GAUGGCUCUCGGCGGGCGGGCAGCUGCGGCAGCUGCUGCUGUGGCUCGGGCGACGGCGGCGCGGCGGCGGCAGAGGGGGCUCCGGGGUCGGACCAUCCGCUCUCCCUGCGCUCUCCGCACCGCGGCUUAAAUGAUGUAUUUUGUGAUCGCAGCGAUGAAAGGUGUUGGUUUAGUGCGAUGAAGAACAAGUGGUCCACACAGCGAAUCUUCUGCACAAACUAAAUUAGCAGAAAGAGCAGCAAAACCAGCAUGGUUCUGCAAAAUGCUUCUUUUGUUUUCUCUCAAAUUGAAAUUAUUCCAUGCAAGAUCUGUGGAGACAAAUCAUCGGGAAUCCAUUAUGGUGUCAUUACAUGUGAAGGCUGCAAGGGCUUUUUCAGGAGAAGUCAGCAAAGCAAUGCCACCUACUCCUGUCCUCGUCAGAAGAACUGUUUGAUUGAUCGAACCAGUAGAAACCGCUGCCAACACUGUCGAUUACAGAAAUGCCUUGCCGUAGGGAUGUCUCGAGAUGCUGUAAAAUUUGGCCGAAUGUCGAAAAAGCAGAGAGACAGCUUGUAUGCAGAAGUGCAGAAACACCGGAUGCAGCAGCAGCAGCGAGACCACCAACAGCAGCCCGGAGAGGCCGAGCCGCUGACUCCGACCUACAACAUCUCGGCCAACGGGCUGACGGAACUUCAUGACGACCUCAGCAACUACAUCGAUGGGCACACCCCGGAGGGGAGCAAGGCAGACUCUGCGGUCAGCAGCUUCUACCUGGACAUACAGCCUUCCCCGGACCAGUCAGGUCUGGAUAUCAAUGGAAUCAAACCAGAACCAAUAUGUGACUACACACCAGCAUCAGGCUUCUUUCCCUACUGUUCUUUCACCAAUGGAGAGACUUCCCCAACUGUGUCCAUGGCAGAAUUAGAACACCUUGCACAGAAUAUAUCUAAGUCACAUCUGGAAACUUGCCAAUACUUGAGAGAAGAGCUGCAGCAGAUAACGUGGCAGACCUUUCUGCAGGAGGAGAUUGAGAACUAUCAAAACAAGCAGCGGGAGGUGAUGUGGCAGUUGUGUGCCAUCAAAAUUACAGAAGCUAUACAGUAUGUGGUGGAGUUUGCCAAACGCAUUGAUGGAUUUAUGGAACUGUGUCAAAACGAUCAAAUUGUGCUUCUCAAAGCAGGUUCUCUAGAGGUGGUGUUUAUCAGAAUGUGCCGUGCCUUUGACUCCCAGAACAACACCGUGUACUUUGACGGGAAAUACGCUAGCCCGGAAGUCUUCAAAUCCUUAGGUUGUGAAGACUUUAUUAGCUUUGUAUUUGAAUUUGGAAAGAGUUUAUGUUCUAUGCACCUGACUGAAGAUGAAAUUGCAUUGUUUUCUGCAUUUGUACUGAUGUCAGCAGAUCGUUCAUGGCUGCAGGAAAAGGUAAAAAUUGAAAAACUGCAACAGAAAAUUCAGCUAGCUCUUCAACAUGUCCUACAGAAGAAUCACCGAGAAGAUGGAAUACUAACAAAGUUAAUAUGCAAGGUGUCUACAUUAAGAGCCUUAUGUGGACGACAUACAGAAAAGCUAAUGGCAUUUAAAGCAAUAUACCCAGACAUUGUGCGACUUCAUUUUCCUCCAUUAUAUAAGGAGCUGUUCACUUCAGAAUUUGAGCCAGCAAUGCAAAUUGAUGGGUAAAUGUAUCACCUAAGCACCUCUAGAAUGUCUGAAGUACAAACAUGAAAAACAAACAAAAAAAUUAACUGAGACACUUUAUAUGGCCCUGCACAGACCUGGAGCGCCAACACACUGCACAUCUUUUUGGUGAUCGGGGUCAGGCAAAGGAGGGGAAACAAUGAAAACAAAUAAAAGUUGAACUUGUUUUUCUCAUGCAUAUGAUUUCCAUUAUGCCUACAGAUAUGGACCCUUUUUCUGUCUCGACUUCUUGAUCGUUGACCUCUGUUUACAGCAGAAGGAGGGUACUAAAGUCGGAGGAUUUCCUUUUCUUGUAGCUCACUGCCCACAGACUUUCUCCAGAGUCACCAAUCUGUCAGUAACAACAGAGAGUCCAGCAAUAAUCGGUGACUGGUGUGCAUAGCGGAGGUUGCGGCAUAACUUUGCACAACUUACUCUUUGUUUCAUGAAGGAAGUUUUUAUUUCUUCACCGAUUAUUGCCAGUCAGCAGGAUGGCAUGAAAAGGGUCCAUAGCACUAGCAACAAUAGCAUUAUAAUAUAUUACAGGGUAAAUGGGCAUGAAGACUAUAUAUAGCUAAAAGAGAUAUUGUUUAUAUAUUGUUUUAAUUAAUAUAAACUGUAGUUACUGGUGUAGCUUUUCCUGUUGAAUUGAUAAGGCACUUUCAUUUUGCACCUUUUUUCUUUAAAUUAAAUGCUAGCGUGUUCACUGUCGUGUCGCAUGUGCACCAGAAACACAAGUUUAACUGAGAAGGCUUGGAAGGUACGUCGGGAGGUAUUUAUGCUGCUGUUUACAAAAUUACUUUUAAAAGACUGGCUGGUCAUAUCUAGAAAUCACGAUGUUGAUUAUUUUUAUUUUACACGUGAGUUUGGAAUUACAAACGGAACUCUCCCUAAAUUAUACUUUGCUUUUUGGUAAGUUUAAGAAUAGAUGUGUUUAUGCUUCAUACAAAGUUGAAUGAUCGAUUGGUACUGUGGACUUGUACCAUCAUGCACAGUAUUUUUAAAAAGCUUUUUAAAAUGCCACCUCGUGGACGCAGGGAGGGGAGGCUCAUUUGACAAAAUUCAGUAGUAAGACUCAGUCUCAACUUGGAAUUGUUAUGCUUUGAGAACAAACCAGUAACCAGAAUAUUUAUUGGAAUCUAGCUUUUCUUAUAAGAAGAACCCAAAGAUUCUAUCUGGAGCAAACGCACACUCCCCAUGUAAGGACAUGAGGCAUUUACUUUGUGAAUGUUUCUGUUGUUGGUAUAACUUAGGAACCCUGAAAGUUUAUCUCAGAGUGAACUGUUUCUAGAGUAGUUGCCUCUAGAUGCUAAAAUUCUAGACUAGUGCUCUCCAUAUUUCACAGACAAUGGAUAGGAGCGCAAGGGAGGCAUACAAUGUUGAACCAGUUUCUCUUAUUUAAAUAUUAACUAUUUUAAGCUUUUAAAGUGAAGUCGAUGCUAGCUGCAGACAUUUACUUUUGUAUUUAUCUUCACUAGAAGACUGUGGACUGUAAUUUAUUUUGUUAAAUAUUUAGAAGAUUGUUUGGCUUUUGCGUUCAGGUGGGAAAUAUUGAGUUGUUUUUGUUUAAUUUCAUGGUUUUUUAAAAAAAAAUAAUAAUAAUUCCCAGUAGGGGAAGGGAGAAGGAACAGUCUGAUAUAUAAGUGUGCAUAUUUUAAAAAUAAGUGACCUUUGGGAAUGUAGGCGUUUACAUGAUGAUUUUAGUCACACUCAGGGUAGGAUUCAAACUUCUGCUCUGACAUCCAAGACUGUGUUUGUACAGAAAAGGGAACAGCUUCCCAUAGUGUAAAGGUGGGAGUUUCCAGGCAGCCCUUUACAGUGGAGAAGGGUCUCCUCUACCACCAGGGUCCCUCUUGAAUCUUUUGCAGGAAUUGUGGCUCCUCAUGUCAGCUGGAUCACAGGGCCGGCUUCCCAGAGCCCUUCACUGUUUUUAACUCCACUGACUUUCUCACUUGUUUUCUGAGGAACUUGGAAAAGGGGAAGGAAUUAUUCACACAGAAGUGUGUAUGAAGCCUAAAUAACAUCUAAAAAAUUUUUUUUCAAAAGUAUAGUAAAGUUUUAACCAUAAAUGGAAGACGAGAGUAAUAUUUACUUAAAUUUCUUACAAGCAUAUAAAACUUUAUGUGAGUGUUUAUAUAGAGACGUUAACUAUCAGCAUAUAGUAUUUAUAUUUGGGCAAGAAGGGUUAAAUCAAAUUUUUAAUUUAAAUAAGCAUAGUUCCUUUAAAGAUCAAUAGUAUUUAUACUCUGAAAAGAGUACCAAGCUUAGUUCAAUUAUUUAUUUGUCCAUUUUCUUCCUAUUGUUUCUCCUUUGGGGAAAAGUGGUGUGUUUUUAUUUUGGUUUGGUUUUGUUUUGUUUUUUGUCAUUCUGAUUCACUAAAUUUGGGGAUGGUUUUAUUAAAGUAUAUUAACUUCUUUUUAACCAAAGCUUUCUGAAUAUGACCAGCCUCAGGUGCUAGCAUAUUAAAGAGCAACUAAACCUAAUUCCAGUGUCCAUUUGUGAAAUGCUAAGAGCUAACUGAACUUCUCUAAGGGUGAGAGAGAACAUAAUGUUGAACUUAAAAGAAAUUCCUUUUCCCAGAAAGGAUUUUGCAAGUACCUAAUGCAACAAAUGAUGCUCUAAUCUCAGUAAUAGUCACACCAUGGUGACACUGCUUUUAGAGUAAACCAAGAUGCAUUGACAUGAUGCUGCUACUAGGUCUUUCUGAAAGAAAAGCAGGCUGUGGACUUUAAGAGCAAAGAACAUCGACGGUGUGGGAAUGGAGUAGUAGAGGCGUGCUCGGUGAAAUGAGGGAACAACUAACUAUUAUUUGGAUAGAAGUUGGGAUCUGAAGUUAAAUUCAGUUGAAAAAAAUAUGAAGUACAGAAAAGGAUGUAAAAAACUUUGCAUUUUUAUUUUCUUCCUUAUUGUAGAAACACUUGUGUGAUGACACAAACUACUUGGUGAUACAGAACAAUGAUUCUUAAUAGUUCUUAUAAUUAAAGUUUCCUAAACAUAAAAGUCCAAUAGUAUUUUAAAGAUUGGAAUCACAUCAUUGUUAUCCCUGCUGCUGUAAUGCCUUUUAUACAACUUUUUGCAUAAGGUAAAUAAGGCUUUUGGACAAAGCCUGAAUACCUUCAGUUACAAUGAUGUCCAAAUGGUCGUAUUAUAUUGUGAAGAAACUGGCCUUGGUCACAUGAAAACAAAAGUGCAGAUGAAAGUGCUUUUUUGGACAGUUUGCAAAUUGUGUUAAAAGCUACGGAUUUUUUUUAAAGUGUUCAGCAUCCUAAUUUGCGUUAAAGCUAUGGAUUUUUUUAAAAGUCUUCAGCAUCCUAAUUCACCCUUCCUAACUUAAGGAAAACAUGACGUAAGACACUGCUUCUAAGUUUGGUUGUUCUUUAUAGUGUGGAUACCAAGAUCUCUGUGAGCGUAUGGAGGUGGGCUGAGGGUCAGGUGAGGAGGGAGCCUGUGUGUGUGUGUGUGCGUGUGUGGUUUUCGUGUGUAUGAUGUGCGGGUGUCGGACCGCUUCUAGGCUACUAAGUGUCAAUGGAAAAGAAAAUGUAUUCAAAAUACUUAAAUCAAAACUAGAAGAUGGAAAAAAAAAAGAUUUAUUCUAUACAAAGCCUUGUCUGGACCACUUUAGAGAGACUUCUAUUUUUUUAACCCUUCUAUAAAUAUUUGAUGGCACUUGAAAUAUUCCUGCAAUAAAAUGUGAUUUGUGUAAAGAAAAAAAAAGAUUUUGUAAUGUGAAACAAAGAAAGAAAGUAAUGUAAUUUUCUAAAAAAAAAAAUACAAACAAACAAACUUUGUAUUAUUUUCUUGAUGGAAUUUGUCUAUCUGUCUUUGGAAAACUUUUUAUUUCAUUGAAUGUGCCAUAGUAGAAAUAUGUGUUUUUAGUUUUAGACUAAGGAAUAGCUGUUUGUGUUCCGACAUUCCAAAAUGCAAACCAACCUAGUAGAGUCUUUAAUGAAAAGGUUUAAGUAGGCUGUAAGCUUCUUUCCUUGUUGCUUUUUUGCACAUGUCCUUCAUUCCUCUCUAGUGCAAUAUGUACAUAGAGCACUUGCGGGUGGACCUUGAUCCCUCAGGGAAAAAUACAUAUUUGUACAGUUGUUUUUUUUUCCUUUUGUUUUUGGCUAAGGAAUGUCGAUUGAAUCACUUGUUAUUAUAGAGGGGCAGCCAGAUAAUAAUCCUAAAGCCACUGUUUCAAACAUUGAUUGUUUAAAUCAUGUGUCUUUCCAGUGCUAUUAUUUUAAGAUGAUAAUAAUAAAAAGUUAUUUUCUGACAGUUCUUUGUGCUGAUUGGUGAAAAACAAAGGGUAAAUAAGCACCUUAUGAUUGACUUACUGUGAAUGACAAUCCAUCUUGCUAUCAACAAUAGAAGCCCUAUCACUUUGGAGUUGGGGUAAGAGUCAGAAACGAUGUGCUCAGGGAUCUUCUAAACUCUUAAAACAGGGUGGCCAGUACUACUGGGACAAAUUGUGUUUUUUAUUAUUCAUAAUAAUGAUAAUACUAUCCCUCCAAGGCACAAGUGAACUGUAUAGAAUCGCGUGUGUGUGUAAACUCUCCACUAUCAUCUCAUUUUCUUGAGUUCAAAACUUAUGUGUUCUUCAGUCUCGUGUACUUAAAAACGCUGAAUAACUUCCAAAGCAGUACAAAGUCAUGCCGGUAUGUUCAAAAGAUAAAUGAAUGGGUAAUGUACCAACAGAGAGCAUCACUCAAAGGACAGUCCUGCAUACUCCAUUUACCGUUGCUCUAACAAGUAAGAUAUUCAUGAUAAAUAUAUUUAUAGCAUUAUAUAUUAAAAACUAUUUCCGAUUCGACAUAGUAUGGAUAAAAAUUUUAGAAACCAGUAAUGAGAUGAGAGCCCUGCCUAUCAGUGCAGUGAGAGAGGUAAAAGAUGCAACACGUCUUUUAAAUACCAGCAGAUAACUGUUAUUUUCACUGUGUUCUCCUUUAGAAGCAAACCAAAAAAUCCCUUUAUGUGACACAAUUCUUCUACUUCCACAUUUGUAGUUUUUAUCUACUGAGUUAAUAUGAGAGCUAAUGUUUAAAGACAAACAAAACACACUUGGAUAACAGCAACAUGAGCCAGCUUUCAGGGUUCCAUUUUACAUUUUUGAAAUACAGUUUUGUUCUCAUAUUUCCAUAUAUUAUUUUCCAUAAAGUCAGCGCACCUCAGUGUAAUUGUUGGUUUUGAUUUUUCUACACCUGUGAUACACAUUCAGAAAAAAUCUACAUAUUUUCUUCCUAACACAGGAGAGCAUAAUUUGGGAAAACUUUCGAUGUCGUUUAGAUAAAAAAGAAAGCGUUAUCUUGUUAUUUUUGAUAAAGACUAAGGAAAAUGGCAGAAAUCUCUCUCUCUUUCUCUCUCUCCAUGCGUAUACAUAUAUACACACACACAGAGGUUAUUGACAUUUUUACAUAUUGUAACAUUUUAUUGCCACUUUUUAUUUAUAAAGAUAUGACACAGCAGAACCCUACAAAAACAACUUUAUACUAUAGUUCACAUUAUGUGCCCGGAAAUGCAAUUGCACAGGAAAUCUUAUCUAUUGCUAAUAGUCUAUUGAUAUAGGUCUUCAUUCUAUCUCUAAAUACUAGUAUCGUUAAAGAGAAUCCACCAGAUUUUAUUAGAGAGACCUUCCUAUUAUUGUUUAUUCUUAAGAGAUGAGAAAGCUGGCGAGCAAUGUCUUUACAGAGCAAUUGGGUUCACUUCUGGGUCUGUUUGCUUGUUUGUUUGUGUAAGUGAGAUCAGUUUUACCAGGCUCUCAGAACAAUUUUAAAAAUAACCCAGAAGCCUGGUUUCAUGCCAAGGAAACACCGUAGAUUGGGGAUCUCCAUAUUUAACCAGACCCUCAGAACUUAGAGCAAUAAAGACAUUCAGUCAUUUAUUUAUUUAUAAAUGAACGACAGAAUAUUCAGUCCAAAUAGAAACCACCUUUUUUCCACAAUGCAACAUAGCAUGGACUCUUGUGUUGAGAAAGUGAAUCUAUUUUAGAUACAUGCCUAGAGAAUCGUGUUUGCUGUUGACGUUUAGCGUGUUUGCCAUAUCAGCAGUAUCACACUUCUUUUUCGUUUUUCCUUCUAAGAACUAAUGAAAGAGAGCUUGCUAUUAGCUUUGACAUGUGGCACAUGACAUUGUGUUGUUCUCUGCGAGCAACUAAAUUCUCUCCAGUGUUUGUGUGUGAUUCCUUGCUCACUCGUUGUUACUUUAAUGUGGAUGAAUACUAUUUCUAGGAACUUGGUUAUCAUUGAACAGAUUGCAGACGUAAAUGCAGAUAAUUCUUGAGCAAUAUAGUGAAUAUGAUUUCACAAAAAAAAUCCGUAUGUACUGUACACAUCUUCCUGAAUCCAAAAAUUCUCUUCUUAUCCACAAUGGUUCGAAAUCUCAUAUAAAACAGUGGUAAAUUUUUAACCAUUAGGACAUUAGCUGGCUGCUUCUUUAAAUGUACCUGUAUUGUCUGCCUGCUCCUUUUGUGGAGAUGUGUUUUUGUAUUGGAUGUUUGGGCCAAUGGGAGGCUUCAAGCUACAACAUAUUUUCCCAGUUUAAAUAUAUUUAACAUAUGACAAACCCCAGACAAGGCUUUUAACAUGUAGAAAGAACUGCAGUGUUAGGUGGUUUAUUUGCAAACCGUUUUCAAUGUUGUCCAUUUUUAUGGCACCUUUAACAAUAUUCUUGUUUCCAAAGUACAAAAAAAAUAGGUUAAAUAAUCUAGCCAUAACUGAAUGUCAAGCAAUAAAACAAAUGACUUUUGUGCAUAGACUUAAAAAAAUACAAAUUUUAGACAUCUGCAUGUAAAUGCAAUCUCCUGUUUACUGCUUUCUUCAACUUGAGCAAUUGAUUCCUUAUUUACUGUUAACUUAAGAACUUGUAAUGGCCUGUAAACAUUUUCUCUCUUACUCUUCUUUCAAAUUUACCUUCGUCCCUGCUUUUGAGUCAUGAUAUUUAAUGUUGUUCUGCACAUCUCUAUACAGUUAACUUUUUGGCUUUCAUUCUGUAAAGAUAAGAAAAUGUUCUAUUAUAAACAGCCUACUCAGUGCAAAUAUUUAUCUGUUUAUCAAAUCCACAAUAUGCUGUAUAAUACUGGUUUUACUAUAUAAUCUAUUUUAGACAUAGCUGUUUAGAACUAGAGUGUGCUAUUUUUGUGUUUUUCUGAUGUGUGGUGCUAGAUAAGUUACUUUUGUGAACAACAAAAAAAACCCUUUUAUUCGUAGACAAUACCACCUUUGGGUCUUGUUAAUUUCACUGAGUAUAACUAUAUAUUUGUAUAUAUAUACAUAUAUAUAUAUAUAUCUACCUGUGCCCAACUGGCAGCUGUAUCAGAGUGCUGGAUUUGGGACAUGCUUUUCUCUUUAAAUACAUAAUAUCAUUAUAUAAAUUAUUCUAGAGUGUAUUUAAUUAGGAUAAAAUUACUUCCUUAGUAUGGAUAUUUGACAUCUAUAGGGUGAAUUUGUUUAUAAAUAUGGAUAUAUGAAAACCUAUUAGCAUUUACUUUAUGUUUGCUACUUGGCUUUAUGCCAUAUCUCCUGAGCUGAAAAAUAAUUUGCCAGGCCUUCAAGAUCCUAAAGAAACACUCUAGUUUAAUGGAGUAAUACUUUUUUUUCUUACUAAGGAAUUAUAUUAUUGGCACCUGAGAGAGUUGUGUACUUAGCUCCUAUUAUAGAUAAUAGGCAUUUAUAUAAAAUAUCCUUGGUGGCUUGAUGGCAGAAUAAACCCUUCCCCUCCUACCUGAGCCAUGAAAAGUAUGGAGACGUCCACUGUCAUGGCAGAACAUGGGCCAUAAAGCAAAUUCAACAAGGGGUGUUCUGUUUUAAUAGGACCUCAACCAGUUCCAUGAACUGAGUGAAGGACGUUCAUUUUAAAAGUCAUUUAAUAAUAAGCUUAGUUAAACUCUUUCACCUAUCCUCCCAAGACCUAUUGGCAUUGUUAAAAACCAAGUAUAUCAAAUAUCUAACUAAGGAUGUAGUUAACCUUAUUAAAUAUUGAUUAGAAUUGUUCUGUAAUAUUACUGAAUUUGUAAGAUCUUUAGCAAAGAUUUUUGAGCAAUUUAUAAAUAUAGAGCAAAUGUUUCUGUUUACUGCACUUUUUGUAAUUGAAGGUGAUAAAUUCUCAAGCCAUGGUUAUUGGCUUCCAUGCACUGCAUAUUUACCCACAAUUCUAGACAGUUUCCAUUUUUAUGGAAGAGUUGCUAUUACCUUAAUCAUAAAUGCAAUCAUGUGGUUAAUGAGAGCUAAUGCUAAUAGUUAACCUUUUAAAGUGAAUUGGCCACAGUUUAGGAAGAAAUCUCUUUUAAUACAGAGUAUGUCAUUCCUUAUUGCUUCACUUAGAAGGAGACUGAAAGCUUUGUUUUUUUUAAGCACUAUUUAGUAUCCUAAGCUUCCUGAGGGUAGAGAUUGUCUCUCUUUGUGUCUGCACAAUGGCCAGCACAUGUCAGCAUUUGAUCAUUGUUAAAUGACAAGUGUUCCCCAAUUCCAACUUUUUUCCUGGAUUCUUUUGGUAAAUUUAUAAAAUAUGGCAAGCUGUAUGGUUAACACUUUCUUCUACAACCAAGUAUUAAAGCCACAUUUGAAAAGACCACAUGAAAUGCUGAUUCUAAUUGUGUGUAGGUCUUGAGGAUUAAGCACACAAAUUUCACAAAACUCUGUGAGUAACAAACUCAGCCUUCUGUAAAUAUACAUGCAAGUCUGGAAACGAUAAUACUGUACCUAUAAAUAUAUGCUGUCUGUUUUGUGUACAGUAUGUAAAAACUCCUUUUCUGCCACACUAAAAAUGCAAGCCAUUUGUGGGAAUCCUAAAAAUAGUAUUAUACUAAAACUUUGCUAAUGAUCUUUACUAGAGGAUCAUCUGACUUUUCACUUACAUUGGGUUUUCUUUUCAACUCACUCUUACAGUAGUCUGCUUAUUUCCAGCUGUUUAUUUUAUUGAGUCCUGAAUUUAAAAAAAAAAUAUUUUGAUUCAUUUUGUAAAUACAAGCUGUAAAAAAAGAGAGAUUUAAUGUUGUCUUUUAAAUACUCCGAUUUUCAUUCUAAUAUGAAUGUUGUUAUAUUGUACUUAGAAACUGUACCUUUAAUAUUACAUUACCUUUAUUAAAAGUGCAUUGAACACAUCAAUUUUAGAUGUGCUUUAUGUACUGUUAUCCUAUAAUAAAACUUCAGCUUCUAAUGGAA